AUGCAAGGCUUUGAAUGGCAUGUCCCAGCUGAUCAACUCCAUUGGAAGCGUCUGCAAAAGGCAUUGCCCGGCCUCCGAGAUAUUGGGGUUGACAAGAUGUGGAUUCCUCCAGGCUGCAAAGGAAUGGACGCAUCAGGGAUCGGCUACGAUCUUUACGAUCUGUGGGACUUGGGAGAAUUCCAUCAAAAAGGGUCUCGAGCAACGCGGUGGGGCCCCAAAGAGCAUCUUUUAGAAAUGAUGCAAACUGCACAAGAAGUUGGGAUAGGGAUCUGUUGGGACACGAUCCUAAACCACAAAGCCGGAGCAGACAGGACCGAAACCUUCCAAGCAACGAAAGUGGACCCCGAAGAUCGAAACGCUGCAAUUUCACCACCCGAAGAUAUCUCUGGUUGGGUUCGAUUCGAUUUUUCCGGCCGCAAAGGGAAGUAUAGUUCUAUGAAAUAUCAUUAUCAGCAUUUCAACGGUGUCGAUUGGAACGAGAACCGGAAGGAAACUGCGAUCUAUAAGAUUGCCGGAGCUCGGAAAGACUGGGCCAAGGAUGUGAGUGAUGAGCACGGUAACUAUGACUAUCUGAUGUUUGCCAAUCUGGAUCACACCAACCCGGAGGUCCGGGCCGAUAUCUUUAAAUGGUCGGAAUGGAUUGGAACUGAACUACCAAUCAGCGGCAUGCGAAUUGAUGCAGCUAAACAUUACUCUGCCGCAUUUCAGAGGGACUUUGUUAAUCAUCUAAGACGCACGGUUGGGGCUAACUACUUUCUUGUCGGAGAAUACUGGAGGGGGGAGGUAAACCUUCUUCUGAGAUACCUCCAAGUUAUGAACUAUGAAAUCUCUUUGUUUGAUGUACCACUCCUGGGCCGUUUUGCAGUUACUUCACAGACCGAAGGGGCCGAUCUGCGAAAAAUGUUCAAAGGCACAUUAGUGGAGCGAAGUCCCAAGCAUGCAGUAACAUUCGUGGGCAACCAUGACACGACAAUCAUCAUACCAUUCUUCAAGCCAAUAGCCUACGGCUUGAUUCUGCUUCGAAGUCAAGGCCAGCCAUGCGUGUUCUAUGGAGACUUGUACGGCCUCCGAGGUGGUCCAGCAUCUCUUUUUCGACCCGCAUGCUCGGGCAAGCUCCCGAUCCUGAUGCAAGCUCGCAAGCUUUACGCCUAUGGAGAACAGCGCGACUACUUCGACAAGCGACAUUGCAUAGGUUUUGUGCGCUACGGCACUGUCCACUACCCAUGGGGCCUCGCCUGUAUUAUUAGCAACACAGUUGCAACCUACAAGCGCAUGUAUGUCGGCGUUAAGCACAUGGGAGAGGAAUGGACGGAUAUAUUAGACUGGUGCAUUGAGACAGUCGUCAUCGACCAUCGUGGAUAUGGGAUCUUUCCAGUUGCUGCAAAGAGUAUCAGUGUUUGGGUUAAUGAUAAGGCCAAGGGAAGAAAGAGCCUCGCUCGGCCUUUCGAUACUGAUAUCUAUGAUCUUUGA